AUGUCUGAACAAUCAAGGAACCCAUUGAGAUUUUUGACCACUGGUGGGGUCCAAACACAAUUCCAUAGACUUCAAGAUGCUGCAGCCAGUUCUCAUCUGUUAGAACGGGCACAGGAAACCUUAAACCCUACUAAUCUAAUGGAUGUAGCCCAUCAGACUCCAGGCCAUAUACUAGAUAUGAUCACGGGGGAAGAUCAAGAAGAUGAUACCGAGGAUAUUGAACGUUUUAAUUAUAAACAAGAGCUUCAACGGAAACUUACAGUAACAUCCAUUAUUGGUUUGGGGUUCUCCCUAAUGGGUGUUCCUUUCGGGAUGUCAACUACUCUUUACAUUGGACUGAUUGACGGUGGAAGUGUUACGCUUCUUUGGGGAUGGGUUGUGGUGGCUAUCUUAUCUUUGUGCACUGCUUUAUCAUUAGCAGAAAUUUGUUCAAAAUAUCCUUCCUCAGGCGGUAUCUAUCACCAGGCUGCUAUUCUAGCAAGUGAGAAGUAUUCGUUAAUCUGCUCGUGGUUUACGGGUUGGUUUUUAAUUAUUGGUAACUGGUCAAUGUUUACUAGUAUCGUUUAUGGUGGAGCCCAAUUUAUUUUGAGUAUUUUUGGAUUAAAGGAUUCGGGCUAUAGACAGGAUUCCUUCCUAGUGUUACUAUUAUUCUUUAUCAUGGUCCUGUUAUCAGGAUUGGUCAAUCUGAAAUUUGCAAAUCGGUUAGAUACGAUAAACAAUUUGUGUGUCAUAUGGACCAUUGGAACAGUCCUUAUCAUAGAUAUCAUUUUGCUGAUCAAGGCAAGAUCUCGUAAUGACAUCAACUUCGUUUUGUCCAAUUUUGAUGCUUCAAGAUCAGGAUGGCCUCCUGUUAUUGCAUUUUUCGUUGGCCUUCAACCUGCUGCGUUUACCUUGCAAGGUUUCGGAAUGAUUCCAGCUAUGACUGAUGAAGUGAAAAAGCCAGAGAAAAAUAUCCCCAAAGGAAUGGUCCUUGCUGUGUUGGUUGCUGGUAUCACUGGAGUGAUAUUCAUCAUCCCUAUUCUAACUAUUCUACCAGAACUGAAUCUUUUACUAGAUAAGAAUCCUGAUAUUAUGCCCAUUGAUCUGGUAUUCAAACUGGCUACAGAGUCAUACUUGAUUUCGUUUUUGCUAGUAUUAUUGCUAGUUGGAGCAGUUUGCUUUGCAGGAAUUGGAUCACUGACUACAUCAUCCCGUGCUACUUAUGCUUUUGCCAGAGAUAAUGCCCUACCAUGCAACUGGAUUUGGGUCCAGGUUAAAAUAAUUGAUGAAACUACUGUACCAGCAAAUGCUCUGUUUCUUUCGAUGGGUGUGGCAUGUUUCCUAGGAGUACUGUCACUUUUCUCUACAUCUGCAUUUAGUGCUUUUAUGGGCUCCGCUGUGAUAUCCUUAUCUAUUGCGAAUGGAAUCCCAAUUCUGAGUUCGGUUUUGGGUAAGAGAAAAAAAGUGAAAGGUACCGCCUUCAAAUUAAAGAGAAUCGGCUAUGUUUUGAACAUCAUAAGCUUGUUUUGGAUUGUAUUGACUGUGGUGAUUUUGUGUAUGCCAGUACAAAUACCGAUUACAAUCAUAAGCAUGAAUUAUGCGUUUGUGGUAUUUUUGUCAUUCACUGUAUUUGCUGCUGUCAGUUGGAUAUUUUACGGAAAGGAUCAUUUCCAAGGACCUCAACUGGACCAUCAUCACUCUGCAGAGCAAAACAUUCAAAUGCACAGUCUUUCAAAUGAUAAUACUAAAGAUUUAGAUGAUUUCAGUGAACACAAGGAUGAAACAAUAUACGAGGCCUCCAAUAUUGAUUCGAAUGAAGGUUCCACCUCGUUUGCGAUGUCUACGUCCAAGGUUUCAUCACCCAAUUCCUCUUUCCCAGACGAAGCUGAUUUGGAUGUUUUACAAGAUGAGGAUGACGGCAAUCCAGAAAACAGCAUAUUGGGUUGGGACCUACUAGAUGAUGUCAGACCUACGAAACUCAACAGGGUCUUCAAAGGUGGUUCAGGCUGA